AUGAGUGUUUUUAAAGUAAUAUUUUACACGAAGGGAUAUUUUGUAAAAGACACAAUGCUAAAGUAUGAGGGUGGGGAAGUUUAUGCCUUUAAUGGUCAAGAUAACGAGUCAUGGUCAUUUUUUGAGGCAUGUGAUUUAAUUAAGGGAAUGGAUCAUGGGUUUGAGUACAACAAUGUUAAGAUGUGGUGGAAACAUGGUGAUGGUACUUUAAAAAAUGCCCUAAGACCUUUUAGGGAUGAUGGUGAGGUUGAAAUAUACACGGAGGCUAAACCUAGUAUAGGGAAUGAAACCUUUAUGGAGAAUGCAAGAAAGAAGAACAAGGAUAAAAUAUGUGAAGAUGAGGUUGAUUUAAAUACUGAUGAGGGUUCUAGUGAUGAAGAUGUGAAGGAUGUCAAAUUUGAGGAUAGUGAAGAAGAAAGGACGAAGGGUUUUGAUGAGUAA